UCUGCUGACCUUCUCCAUGGCGCCCUGACCAGCGCCAGCGCCAGCGCCAGCGGGAGACCUGCAGGGACCGGGCGGCCUUGGGAACCGGACCGCCCCGAACUCCUCCCCAGGUCCCGUCCCGCCGCCGGGCAGGAGGGACCGGACAUUGCCGCGCCGGGAAGGAUCUUUGGGUGGGGGUUUGUUGCUGGCCUGGAGCGAGAGGUCUGGGCUUUAAGUCCCCGCAGUUUGAGCCAAGGGAGCGGGGCCGAGCGCCGGGGAGUUUAAUACCUGACAGGAAAGCUACCGGGGACCGCUCCGAUGGAAAUACACUGUAAGCACGACCCGUUUGCAGCAAUGCAUAGACAUGGAGGAGUGAAUCAGUUAGGGGGUGUUUUUGUGAAUGGUCGUCCACUCCCUGAUGUUGUCCGCCAAAGGAUUGUGGAACUUGCCCACCAAGGUGUCAGGCCGUGUGACAUCUCCAGGCAGCUACGGGUCAGCCAUGGUUGUGUCAGCAAAAUUCUUGGCAGGUACUACGAGACUGGGAGCAUUAAGCCUGGAGUGAUUGGAGGAUCCAAACCAAAGGUCGCCACACCCAAAGUCGUCGAAAAAAUUGCAGAGUAUAAACGCCAAAAUCCCACCAUGUUUGCCUGGGAGAUCAGGGACAGGCUUCUGGCCGAGCGAGUGUGUGACAACGACACCGUACCCAGCGUCAGCUCGAUUAACAGGAUCAUACGGACUAAAGUACAGCAACCACCCAACCAGCAGGUCCCAGCCUCUAGUCACAGCAUAGAAUCCAGGCAGCGAAUCAUGCACAUUGACUCAUUCUUACCACAUGCCAGGGUGGUGUAUGAGGAUGGACGGGGAAACCACAGGAAGGAGGCCUCCACGGGGUCCGUGACCCAAGUCUCGACAGUGAGCACUGACUCCGCAGGCUCCUCCUACUCCAUUAGUGGAAUUCUGGGAAUUACAUCCCCCAGUGCUGAAAGCAACAAACGCAAACGCGAUGAAGGUAUUCAGGAAUCUCCAGUACCAAAUGGCCAUUCCCUCCCGGGUAGAGAUUUCCUUCGGAAACAGAUGCGAGGAGAUCUUUUCACCCAGCAGCAGUUAGAAGUGUUGGAUCGAGUCUUCGAGAGGCAACAUUAUUCUGACAUCUUCACAACAACUGAACCCAUCAAACCAGAGCAGACGACAGAAUACUCAGCCAUGGCAUCAUUAGCUGGUGGAUUAGAUGAUAUGAAGGCCAAUUUAACAAGCCCUACUUCCGCAGAAUUAGGAGCUAGUGUUCCAGGACCACAAUCCUACCCUAUUGUAACAGGUCGUGAAUUGGCAAGCACAACCCUCCCAGGAUACCCUCCUCACGUCCCCCCUGCUGGACAGGGCAGCUACUCUGCUCCAACACUGACAGGAAUGGUGCCUGGGAGCGAGUUUUCUGGAAGUCCAUACAGCCACCCACAAUAUUCAACAUACAAUGACUCCUGGAGAUUUCCCAACCCUGGAUUGCUAGGCUCUCCUUAUUAUUACAGUGCCGCAGCCAGAGGAGCAGCGCCCCCAGCAGCUGCUGCUGCCUAUGACCGCCACUGACCCAGGGAGUCUGGAACUCCAGCACUUACUAAACAUAUCAUCCAGGCUGACGGCAUCUGAUUCCCCAUGAAAUAACCAUGCAAAUCAGACUGCAAGGAAGGAAGACAAAAGUAUCCAGUAGGAACCCGCUGGCUGAAAUUUUACUCUUUAAACUGGGUGAACUAAUUAUUAUUAUUUUUUAAAUCCAUGAAAUUCUGGCGAUAUUAACUGGGCUCUCAUACAAAACAAAGAAAUGGGAGAAACCAGUUCUGCUACCGUCCCAUCUGAUUUGAAAGGUGCAGUAGCUGCAUCCUACAUAAAGCCUACUGAUCUCGCUGCCUCUGGUUCUCUCAGCUGCGCCUGGGGACCGGAAGCAGUUCUGACUUUGAGCAGGCCAACUCGGGAUGUCUCCCUUAAGGUGCAUUGACGCAGGCUGUGUGACUCAACGUGAGCUGUCUGGCUUUUUUUAAUUUUUUUGGUAAAUAAGGAUUGGUCUGCUCAAUUUACACAGCACCAUUGUAAAUAACUUGCUUCCUUGUGUUACUUUUGAGAGUGGCUUAGCGUAAACAGCGACAUGGUACAAACGAUGAACCGAAAAUGCAUCUGAAAAAUGUGUUUUCAAACUGGUGCACUGAUUCAAAGAAUUCAGUAAGCUUUAACCGACUUUGAACCAGGUUAACAUUCAUUGUGGCUAUAUUUGGGGCUGAUGUUACUUCUAUAUACAGCGUCACAGCUGGCAGCCGUGUGUGAACAUGCUAUGAGCUGGCACGGAACACACGAGCGACUGAAAGACAUGGGCGGUUUGUGACAUUUUACUGCUAAAUAUUUAUUUAUGUUUGUUUGUAAUCAUAACUAGCACUGAAACAAAUUCUCUGCUUUCAAGUUAAACCACAUCAGAGAAGGAAUUCCUAAUUAAUAACCAACUCCUUAUGUAUAUCUAUAUAGAUUACUUGUGAACACCCAAUUAUUUCUAUUUUGUAAAGAAAUGAGAAAAAUCCCAAGGUAAUGAUUUUUCAAAUUGAUAUCUCAAAUAAUAUUACAUUAAGGGUCACCAUGUACACUGAAACAUACAAACACUGCAUUACAAAUCAAACACAUGGGGGACACACAUUUUGGGAUACCUAUAUGUUUAAAUGAAGACACUUCUCAAAGUCAUUCGUUGUACCCAGUGGGCUACAGUAAAUCCAUUCCACUGGAAUCCAUAAAGUUACACUGGGGAUAAAUUUGACCCAUUAAUUCUGUAUAUUCCCCCUCUCUCUCAAAGAGAGAGCAUUAAUAGAACCAAGUGACAUUUUGUUCAAUGUUCUCUACUUCCUGGAGCUAAUGAACAGAAGAGAGCAGCUUACAAAUGAUUGGUUAAGCUAGUACAUCAAUCAGCACCAAUUCAACGGAACCAUAUCAACUACUCAUUAUUUCCCGAAGGAAAAGCUUUUUUUAAUCCUAUAUGAUCAGCAAACUUCUCGUCUACAUAAAGGGAAAAUUAGAAGUGUUUCCACUGAAGACAAUGGAAAACUCCCACUGACUCACAUGGGCUCAGGAUCUGCUCCAUAGCCUUGCGCAGAGUUGCCAUAAUUAGUGUGAAAGGGACAAAUUCUACCAUCCUUACACUGGUGAGCACUUACAUGCUGUAGUAAUCUGGUUUGGGUCCAUGAAGAUUUGAGUCUAGCCCAAAAUAGGUCUCCUAUAAGUGGACAAUUGAAGUACAAAUAUUAUUUCCAGAGUAAUAACUUUUUAAUUAUAAUUUUAUCUUUGUGCUGCUUGUUCUGAAUGGAUGUCAGCAAAUCAAAUGGUAGCAAUUCAGUGAGUUUUGGCUGCAUGUUCCUUCCAAAACCUUUGUACUAUAUUUAGUAUGUCUUCUGAUCAGACUCAGAACAGAGACAUCUCUAGUUUCCAAGGCAGAUAGUCCCUAACUGGAGCCGGGCUCCUGUCCAGGAGUUUAGGUUAGUAAACAUCCACAUACCCACAGAUGAAAUGUUCAGAGGCUAAUGUGAAGGGGAAAGAAAUCCAGGAGAGCUGACUGUAUUUUAAAAAAGGCUUAUUGAGGGUGCAGGAACAAACCAUCCCGAUUUGUGGAAAGGAUAGCAAAUAUGGCAGGCAAUUAGCUUGGCUUAACAGAGAAAUCGUCGGUGAGCUUAAACACAAAAAGGAAGCUUAAGAGAAGUGGAAACUUGAACAGAUGACUAGGAAGGAGGAUAAAAAUAUUGCUCGAGCAUGCAGGGGUGUAAUCAGGGAGGCCAAAGCACAAUUGAAGUUGCAGCUAGCAAGAGAUAUGAAGAGUAACAAGAAGGAUUUCUACAGGUAUGUUAGCAACAAGAAGGUGGUCAGGGAAAGUGUGGGACCCUUACUGAGUGAAGGAGGCAACCUAGUGACAGAUGAUGUGGAAAAAUCUGAAGUACUCAAUGCUUUUUUUGCCUCAGUCUUCACAGACAAGGUCAACUCCCAGACUGCUGCACUGGGCAGCACAGCAUGGGGAAGAGGUGAGCAGCCCUCAGUGAUGAAAGGACAGGUUAAAGACUAUGUAGAAAAGCUGGAUGUGCACAAGUCCAUAGGUCCAGAUCUAAUGCAUCCGAGGGUGCUGGGGAGUUGGCUGAUGUGAUUGCAGAGCCAUUUGCCAUUACCUUUGAAAAUUUGUGAAGAUCGGGGGAGGUCACGGAUGAUUGGAAAAAGGCAAAUAUAGUGCCCAUCUUUAAAAAAGGGAAGAAAGAGAACCCAGGGAACUACAGACCAGUCAGCUUCACCUCAGUCCCUGGAAAAAUCUUAGAGCUGGUCCUCAAGGAAUCCAUUUUGAAGCACCUGGAGGAGAGGAAAGUGAUCAGGAACAGUCAACGUGGAUUCACCAAGGGCAAGUCAUGCCUGACCAACCUGAUUGCCUUCUAUGAUGACAUAACUGGCUUUGUGGAUAUGGGGAAAGUGGUGGACGUGAUAUAUCUUGACUUUAGUAAAGCUUUUGAUACGGUCUGCCAUAGUAUUCUUGCCAGCAAAUUAAAGAAGUAUGGAUUGGAUGAAUGGACUAUAAGGUGGAUAGAAAGCUGGCUAGAUCAUGGGGCUCAAUGGGUAGUGAUCAACGGCUCGAUGUCUAGUUGGUAGCCAGUAUCAAGCGGAGUGCCCCAUGGGUCAGUCCUGGGGACGGUUUUGUUCAACAUCUUAAUGAUCUGGAUGAUGGGAUGGAUUGCAGCUUCAGGAAGUUCGCAGAUGGCACUAAGCUGUGGGGAGAGGUAGAUACGCUGGAGGGUAGGGAUAGGGUCCAGAGUGACCUAGACAAAUUGGAAGAUUGGGCCAAAAGAAAUCUAACAACAAGGACAAGUGCAGAGUUCUGCACUUAGGAAGGAAGAAUCUCAUGCACUGCUACAGGCUGGGAACUGACUAGCUAACCAGCAGUUCUGCAGAAAAGGACCUAGGGGUUACAGUGGAAGAGAAGCUGGAUAUGAGUCAGCAGUGUGCCUUUGUUGCCAAGAAGGCUAACACCAUAUUGGGCUGCAUUAGUAGCAGCAUUGCCAGCAGAUCAAGGGAAGUGAUUAUUCACCUGCAUUUGACACUGGUGAGGCCACAUCUGGACUAUUGCGUCCAGUUUUGGGUCCCCCACUACAGAAAGAAUGUGGACAAAUGAGAGAGAGUCUAGCGGAGGGCAACAACAAUGAUUAGGGGACUGGG